AAACUCUCUAUUUACAACACGUUAUCAGCACGAUAGACUCCAAAACCCUGAGACAAAACCUAACCUAAAAUCCGUCACACAUAAACCCUAAAUCAGGCGCAACUUAAAAUCGAUCGAUCUCUCAAACUCUGAGGAACCAGACGAUGAGCCACAUAUCAAAUUGAAGCUCUUGACGAGAAGAAUCUAUCAUCGCAAACUGUUCGUCGAUCCGAUCUCAGAUGCGCCCACACUCGCAGAAAAAAUACGCGGCGCCGUCUUGAUCUUUUGAAACCCUAAUCCCGAAGAACCCUAAAUUGUUCUUGCUUGCAUUCUAGCUUGCAAACUCCGAUCAGGCUCAACUCCGAUCAAGCUCAGCUUCAGACGUUCCCUGUCCGUGAUCAACGUCCUCAGCCUCAGCUCAGCUUGCGUCCAGCUCAGACCAAAUCCCGACCAGACGCAACCGUCCGCGAGAAGAAACAAGCUCGCGAUAGCUCUCGGCAACGCGACCCCGACUGCACGCGUUCGUCUCAGCUCGUCUCUUAUCUUUGGUGGUCCGGUUCAGACCUGCAAAACAAAAGUAAUCCUAAUUCUGAGAACAUAAAUCGAACCUGGUUGUUUUGUAAAGAUUGAAACCCUAAAAGAUAAUCUCUAAAACUAAAAGCCAUAGGUUAAAUAGAUAAAUUCCCUAUGAGUAAAUCGAUGCUCUAUAAGUUCGAUCAAAACCUAAAAACGAGAUUGAUCCAAUGAUCAAUUAAAAUCAGAACCUUAAAGGUUUUUGAAUCUCAAAUCAAAUCUCCUUGAUCAAAGAUCAAAGUUUUCGAAAUCCCCUAAAACCCUAAUUUUGGAAAAUUGGUUUUAAUUUUGAUUUGAAACUUGAGUGUUUGAUUGAUCGCCUAGAGUUAUGAUUAGGAACUUGAAUCUGAAUCUUAUUUAUACCGAAACCCUAGAAUUGAUUAAGAUUAUUUGCAUACAUAUGAAUCUAAAUAUGAAUUGUAUUCAUACUGUUUAAAAGGAAUCGACCAGCAUGUAGUUUAUAAAAUCUUGAACCGUUUGCAUUAAGUAGAACUACAUGGCCGUGUGGCUUGAUGAUUGUUUCGCACCAUGGUCGAUUAGAUUGCUUGAUUUUCAUAAAUGCGUAAGACAUGUCUGUGGCCGAGCUUGUCGAUUAUCUUGCGGCCACAUGAUCACAUUGUGAGACUUAAUUUUGAAUGAUGAUGUGAUUCAGAUGUCGAAAAUCUCAAACAGAGACUAUGCAGCCCUUAAUCUCUCCGGAGAUAACUACUUGCAGUGGGCACUAGAUACAAAGAUCAGUCUAAGGUCAAAGGGACUUGGUGAUAGUAUCAUCAAGGGCAACAAUGAGACCGAUAAGAAUCGGUACAUGGCUAUAAGUAUUAUACGCCAUCACCUCAUUGAAGGUCUAAAAGAUCAGUACAUCACGAUGGAAAAUCCACUAGAACUUUGGGAUGCUUUACAUCAUAGAUAUGAUAACCAGAAAACGGUGUUACUUCCAAAGGCUAGAAACGACUGGAAGAAUCUUAGAUUCUUGGAUUAUAAGUCGGUGGAUGAGUACAAUUCAGUCUUAUUUAAGACGGUCUUGAUGCUGAGACUUUGUGGUGAAGUAGUAACCGAAGAAGAGUUACUUGAGAAGACUUACUCUACAUUCCAUUCAUCAAAUGUGAUACUGCAACAGCAGUACAGAAUGAAAGGCUUCGCCACAUAUACUGAUCUGAUCUCGUGCCUACUUCUGGCCGAGGCAAACAAUGAGCUCCUGAUGAAGAACAGUGAAGCUAGACCUGUUGGAACAGCACCAUUACCGGAAGCUAAUGAGGUUGAAAAGAAAGAACCCAACAAGUGCAAUUACGUCCAAAACAAUAAGAGAUCACACGGCAAUGGCCGUGGUGGUUACAAGGGGCGUGGCAGUGACAAUUACUCGAACAGCCGAGACAACUACUCGACCGGCCGGAAAGGAAACCACAAUAACCGUGGUCGUGGUUCCAAUUAUGGUCGUGGCCGAGGUAGAUAUGGUCGUGGCCGAGGUAGAUAUGGUCGUGGUCGAGGCGGCAUAUCCAAACCGUCUUACUCGACCAAAUCCGUUUGUCACAGAUGUGGAAUGGGAAACCAUUGGGCCAAGAACUGUAGAACCCCUAAGCACUUAUGUGAGCUCUACCAAGAAAGUCUGAAGAACAAGAAGCCGGAGGCUCACAUGGUUCACGAUUCCGGAUAUGAGGCCGAUAAUGAUUCCGACAUUGCUAAAGAUGACCAGAUGGACUUUGAGACUUCUGAUUGUCUCAAGGACUAAAUUUUGAUACAACUUGUCUUAUUGCUUUAUGUUUUGCUUUGAUGUUUCACGAUUAUAUAUAUAUAUAAUAAGAAUUGAUUUUGAAUUCAUUAUCUUGUCUGAUCUUACUUGAACAUAUAAAUGAUUUUAAAGAGUUGCCUAAAUGGCAUAAAACCAAGUAAGAAAUCAUGAAUGGGUAUAGUAAGCAUAGUAAAGAAACUAUGACUAAGGCAUUGCCUUAAAAGGCAUUAUACACACCCAAAACAAAUGUGACCCAUUGAAGUUAUAAUGUAUGGUUUCCAAGUAUAAACAAUGGGUAAGGAAGGAAACAAGAAAAACGCCUAAAGACCUUGAAAGAAAGUGGUCGAGACUAUACUUAUGAUCUCUACUGAUCAAAACUAUGCUACAGAUCAGUAUGAUAAAGAGGCAAGAGAUGUGGUAACCAUAUUGAGAUAACACCACGAAAUUUUACACUAUAUGGCAUGAUAGGAUUAGCCAUCCUAAAGUCUAAACCUGAUGCAAAGAUUGGAAAGGCACAGAGUUAUCCCGUAAAAGAUCUCACGUUGUGAAACAUGUACACAAAGGGAAACACAUUAGGCUUAAUUGUCCCAAGCACCACGACCAUAUAGUAUGGUCAUGAGGGGGAUAGAGGAUAAACCCAUGAUCAAUACUACAAGUUCGUGUACCACUAUGGUCUAAGACCAUGUUAUAUGGCUCGGUCAUUACUCGGCCAUAAAGGACCAUUCCUCGGCCGUAGAGGCCAUGAUACAAACGGCCAAACCGAAGAGACCAUGUUAUGGUCGGCUGCAAAGACCAUCACCUAUACACGGCCAUCACCUAUAGACGGCUUGGCCACGACUUGUAUACGCAUAGUGCAGGCUUGGCCGCACACAAGCCAUUACCUAUAAAAGGUUUGGCCAUGUAAGUCAUUAUCUAUAAGACUAAGAUUCUAAAGUCUAUAAGCUUGGAGACAUUAUGUUUUACAUGUAUAGAAUGAUAAUAUGCAUCAGGCCAUAUAAGUGAGCAUAAAUAUUCCCAUCUCAGAUUGAAU